CUAUGGUGACCGUAUGUAAAAAAAAAAAACAAAAAAAAACCUAUAAAUGAUAAUAUAAAAAAAUUUAAGUUUUGGCCAAGAUUUAUGAAAAAAGAUAUUAGUUAUUUGCAAAAUUUUAUAAGAUAAACUUUUUUUUUUCAAAAUGUUUGGACUUUUUCAUGUAUAUAGCGAAAAAAAAAAAUCCCAGUUGCUGAAUAAAUACCACCAAAAUAAAGUUUUAUCUGUCUCAAAAAAUGCUAAAAAAUUCAUAUGGGUACAGUGUUGCAUGACCGCGCAAUUGUCAUUCAAAGUGUAACAGCGCUGAAAGCUGAAAAUUUGCCUGAACAGGAAGGGGGUGAAAGUGUCCAGACUUAAAGUG